UAGAAAAGCUGCAGCUUCUCAACGAUUCUGAGGAAAGAACCCGCAGGAUUAAUGAAGUUCUGGAAGUGCAUGUUGACUCACAUAUGGAUCCUAAUUAUGAGUCUGCUGAAGAAACAGAUGAGAAAAGAACUGUUGGAAAGUCGGUAGAUCGGACAAGACCAGAUACAACCAUAUCACGACGAAUAUCAAGAUAUCUUAGCACUAUGCAGAACCAUCCCCAAAAAGUUUCUGAUUGUAGCCACCAUCCAAAAAAUUUGUCAACAAAAAGUACAAUAUGUGGAUCAGGAGCAAGAAGUUUGGAGAACAGCACAGCAAACAGAACUAUGUAUGAAGCUGGAUCACUUUCAUCUUCUGGAGUAACAAUGUCAAAUGACACGGAGCCGGAGAAAGUCUGGCACUACAAGGAUCCUUCUGGGAAUGUUCAGGGUCCAUUUACUCUUUUGCAACUAUCAAAGUGGAGAAGUUACUUCCCACGUGAUCUGAGAGUAUGGCUUACAUUUGAGAGUGAGGAGAGAUCUUUGCUGUUGACUGAAGUGCUUUCAAAACAGCAGAAAGAUUUCACUCAGGCUGCAUCACAUACAAGCAGCAAGGCAACGCUGGUUGGCACUGGACAUACAAGGAACAACCCUAGUGUGGAUCAGACCAAUGCUUUCUCCCCUGCUGGUCAUAGUGUGGUUAGUUUUUCAGGAAUAACUGUUCAGUAUAAUAAGUUGGGCAGUCGCUUGCAGACGACCAGGUCUCGCGCGGCGAGUAGCUUCCGGGCGAUCUCGAGCCACCGGGCCGGCUCGGCUCGGCGCGGCUGCGGCCGCCGCCCCCGCCGGAGAAAUCCAUGUGUGGUGGAGAUCUCCAUGGUGGUGGGCUCCACCUGCGCCGCGCCAGCGACGGCAGCGGCGGCGGGAACGCCCUGGGCGGGGCCGUGUGCGGGGCCACCUCCUCCUCCCCCGCGCUCGUCGUCGCCGCAGCCCAGGCACGAGAGUCCCUGCUCGACGGACUGCUGGCACGGGAGGAGCUGCUGCUCGGUGGUCUCCAACACUGUCAGUGCCAUGUCCGUGGACGGCAGCAAGAGCGAGCAGCAGGCCUAUAUGAUUGUUGGCUAUGCCCAGCUUUUCUAUAAUGGAGAAACCCUCGCCUGA